AUGAGGGCUGUGAGAUGCCCAGUCCCCCAGCUCCUGUUGAAAGGAUCCAGAGCCAAAAACCCUGGGGUCGAGUAUAACCUUCUGCAUCAGGAGGAAUCAUCGAGCAGGAGCUAUCACAGGGACAUCUGUCAGGAGCAGGAGCUAUCACAGGGAUAUCUGUACGGAGCAGGAGCUAUCACAGGGAUAUCUGUCAGGAGCAGGAGCUAUCACAGGGAUAUCUGUCAGGAGCAGGAGCUAUCACAGGGAUAUCUGUCAGGAGCAGGAGCUAUCACAGGGAUAUCUGUCAGGAGCAGGAGCUAUCACAGAGAUAUCUGUCAGGAGCAGGAGCUAUCACAGGGAUAUCUGUCAGGAGCAGGAGCUAUCACAGGGAUAUCUGUCAGGAGCAGGAGCUAUCACUGGGAUAUCUGUCAGGAGCAGGAGCUAUCACAGGGAUAUCUAUCAGGAGCAGGAGCUAUCACAGGGAUAUCUGUCAGGAGCAGGAGCUAUCACAGGGAUAUCUAUCAGGAGCAGGAGCUAUCACAGGGAUAUCUAUCAGGAGCAGGAGCUAUCACAGGGAUAUCUGUCAGGAGCAGGAGCUAUCACAGGGACAUCUGUCAGGAGCAGGAGCUAUCACAGGGACAUCUGUCAGGAGCAGGAGCUAUCACAGGGAUAUCUGUCAGGAGCAGGAGCUAUCACAGGGAUAUCUGUCAGGAGCAGGAGUUAUCACAGGGAUAUCUGUCAGGAGCAGGAGCUAUCACAGGGAUAUCUGUCAGGAGCAGGAGCUAUCACAGGGAUAUCUGUCAGGAGCAGGAGCUAUCACAGGGACAUCUGUCAGGAGCAGGAGCUAUCACAGGGAUAUCUGUCAGGAGCAGGAGCUAUCACAGGGAUAUCUGUCAGGAGCAGGAGCUAUCACAGGGAUAUCUGUCAGGAGCAGGAGCUAUCACAGGGAUAUCUGUCAGGAGCAGGAGCUAUCACAGGGAUAUCUGUCAAGAGCAGGAGCUAUCACAGGGAUAUCUAUCAGGAGCAGGAGCUAUCACAGGGAUAUCUGUCAGGAGCAGGAGCUAUCACAGGGAUAUCUGUCAGGAGCAGGAGCUAUCACAGGGAUAUCUGUCAGGAGCAGGAGCUAUCACAGGGAUAUCUGUCAGGAGCAGGAGCUAUCACAGGGAUAUCUGUCAGGAGCAGGAGCUAUCACAGGGAUAUCUGUCAGGAGCAGGAGUUAUCACAGGGAUAUCUGUCAGGAGCAGGAGCUAUCACAGGGAUAUCUGUCAGGAGCAGGAGCUAUCACAGGGAUAUCUGUACGGAGCAGGAGCUAUCACAGGGAUAUCUGUACGGAGCAGGAGCUAUCACAGGGAUAUCUGUCAGGAGCAGGAGCUAUCACAGGGAUAUCUGUCAGGAGCAGGAGCUAGCACAGGGAUAUCUGUCAGGAGCAGGAGCUAUCACAGGGAAAUCUGUCAGGAGCAGGAGCUAUCACAGGGACAUCUGUCAGGAGCAGGAGCUAUCACAGGGACAUCUGUCAGGAGCAGGAGCUAUCACAAGGACAUCUGUCAGGAGCAGGAGCUAUCACAGGGAUAUCUGUCAGGAGCAGGAGCUAUCACAGGGAUAUCUGUCAGGAGCAGGAGCUAUCACAGGGAUAUCUGUCAGGAGCAGGAGCUAUCACAGGGAUAUCUGUCAGGAGCAGGAGCUAUCACAGGGAUAUCUGUCAGGAGCAGGAGCUAUCACAGGGAUAUCUGUCAGGAGCAGGAGCUAUCACAGGGAUAUCUGUCAGGAGCAGGAGCUAUCACAGGGAAAUCUGUCAGGAGCAGGAGCUAUCACAGGGACAUCUGUCAGGAGCAGGAGCUAUCACAGGGACAUCUGUCAGGAGCAGGAGCUAUCACAGGGAUAUCUGUACAGGAGCAGGAGCUAUCACAGGGAUAUCUGUCAGGAGCAGGAGCUAUCACAGGGAUAUCUGUCAGGAGCAGGAGCUAUCACAGGGAUAUCUGUCAGGAGCAGGAGCUAUCACAGGGAUAUCUGUCAGGAGCAGGAGCUAUCACAGGGAUAUCUGUCAGGAGCAGGAGCUAUCACAGGGAUAUCUGUCAGGAGCAGGAGCUAUCACAGGGACAUCUGUCAGGAGCAGGAGCUAUCACAGGGAUAUCUGUCAGGAGCAGGAGCUACCACAGGGAUAUCUGUACGGAGCAGGAGCUAUCACAGGGAUAUCUGUCAGGAGCAGGAGCUAUCACAGGGAUAUCUGUCAGGAGCAGGAGCUAUCACAGGGAUAUCUGUCAGGAGCAGGAGCUAUCACAGGGAUAUCUGUCAGGAGCAGGAGCUAUCACAGGGAUAUCUGUCAGGAGCAGGAGCUAUCACAGGGAUAUCUGUCAGGAGCAGGAGCUAUCACAGGGAUAUCUGUCAGGAGCAGGAGCUAUCACAGGGAUAUCUGUCAGGAGCAGGAGCUAUCACAGGGAUAUCUGUCAGGAGCAGGAGCUACACUCGUACUUGCAGCUGCAGUUCAUCUCGUUCUUCCUUGGGUUCUUCGGAGCGAAUUGGACCCUGACGGCACACGCAGUGAGCCGACUGGUUCCGGUUUCUCAGUUUGACGAAGCUCACGGCGUGGCUGUUGUCGUGGGCCCCCCGGUGGCAGGUAAGUGGACCCCCUCACAGAAGGCUCAGUGUAGAAUCUGCUCCAUCAUAUCUGUCCUCUCGUGUCUCCUCUUUGUUCUAACGGUGUCCAGUUCUCACACAUGA